AUGAGUCAGAACGUCACCCAUGCCCACGAUGGGGUGGAUCCUGUGAGCGCAGCAAGCCCAGGGGUCGAAUUGGAAGAUUAUCAGUCCCCAGCCAAGAAGGAUAUCUCUCAUGUCGAACGAGUGCUUUCACCCACAGAUGAUCUACAGAAAGAAGACAUGGAUUUCUCUCGAGUGGACAAUGAAGUUCAGAAUUAUGCUGCUCGGGGACAAGUCCAUAUUGACGAGGCCACAAACAAGCGUUUAAAACGUAUGAUUGAUCGACGCGUCUUGGUUAUCAUGAUCUGUACAUACUUUUUACAGGCCUUGGAUAAAGGGACCAUGUCCUUCUCGUCUAUAAUGGGUAUCAAGACAGAUGCUCAUUUGGAAGAUGGUCAGAAGUAUUCCUGGCUCACUACAUGUAUUUAUAUUGCCGUUCUUACCGUCGAAUACCCUACCAACUGGAUUAUUCAACGUGUUCCAAUCGCAAAAUAUCUGGGCAUCAAUAUUUGUUUAUGGGGCACGAUCCUGGCCAUGCAUGCUGCUUGUCAUAACUUUGCCGGAUUAGCUGCUGUUCGAACCCUGCUUGGUAUUUUUGAAGCUUGCUGUCAGCCUAUUUUCGUCGUUCUUUCUUCAAUGUGGUAUAAGAGGGAAGAACAGGCAGCUACAGUCACUUACUGGUAUAUGAUGAAUGGCGCGCAGCAAAUUGUCGGUGGCCUGUUGGCUUAUUGCUUUACUCUCAUUGGAGCUGACAAGGUUUUGAAAUCCUGGCAAGCUUUGUUCCUAUCUUACGGCUGUUUAUCUGUGUUAUGGGGCAUCUUUGUCAUUUGCUAUAUGCCCGACUCGCCGAUGCGUGCAAAAUGUUUCAGCGAAGAAGACAAACACCUGAUGGUUGAACGCCUCCGCUCCAACCAGACAGGUAUUCAGAAUAGGGAAUUCCGUUCCUACCAGGUAUGGGAAGCACUUCGGGAUCCUCAAACGUGGUGCUACUGCUGUAUUCAAAUCUUUACGACCCUUCCAACCAGCGGGCUGGGAGCUUUCGCGGGUAUCAUCAUGACGGGAUUCAACUUUACGACUCUACAAAGCCAGUUACUCGCCAUGGUAUUAGGAUUCUAUAUCAUCGUUAUCUUGUUGACAUCCGCGUGGCUUGUUAAGAAAUACCAGCAGAACCUUCUGGUGAUGUUGCGCUUUAUUAUUCCUUCGUAUAUUGGUACUAUUGUCUUGAUGACCGUGGAAAACACUAGCAUGGCUACAAAAGUCGGACUUCUAAUCAGCUACUAUAUCACGCUGUCUUUUUGGUCUGCCCAAACUCUGUGUUUGUCUAUGGUAUCUCGAAAUAUUGCUGGACAGACCAAGAAGGCGACAGUAGUAGCUGCUACCUUCAUUUCUUGGGCGGCAGGUAACGCAAUUGGUCCCCAAGUGUUUCUUGAUUGGGAUGCCCCACGGUACCACAUUGCUUGGAGCGUUCAUCUUGCGUGUUACGCCUGCAUGACGGCAGCUGUGAUCUACCUGCGCUUCUACCUGAUGCGGCAAAAUGCAAAGAAGGAUGAAAUGCUCGCUGCGGAGGGGUUCAGUGGGGCUGAUCCGGAUCUUAUCCAUGCGUUCGAGGAUAAAACAGACCAGGAAAAUAUGAAUUUCCGAUAUGUUUACUGA